UUUGCUGAUAAUUAGCUAAAUACCUUAAAUUUUUUCUGUCCAACACAGUGCUGGGUCCUUAAAAUGUCAACAGCCUGUAGACUUUAUAAUUACACGCAUUGUGAAAUUGUGCGGCGAAGGUGCUAGUCGGGCAUUUACUUAAAUUAUUUACAUUUACCGCUUUUGCUCAAUUUUAUAUAAUUUAAUAAAUAAAAACAUCUAGUAUUGGAACACAUUUUGCAUUUGAUGAGCAACACAUGUUGAUUUAUUCCCUGCAUUUAUAAUAAUGCAAUAUUAACAACCGCAACAACAACGCACAACGAAAAGUAAUGCAAUCGGCAACAGCAUCCGAGCGGAACAAUUUUUGGGAAUUGAAUAUAUUUAUUAAAAAUUAUACAGUUUAAGCUGAAACGCGUGAAUUGAUGACUAUAAUGCCAACACUAUAAAUAGGCAGAUCAACAAAUACUAAGCUACAGCAACACCAACAACAUAAGCAUAGGAUUAAGCAUAAAGUUCAACGAAUACUAACCAGCACGUUAAACAAAACAAAAACCUCCCCACAUACCACUGACUGAGCACCAAAAAUUGGACAGCUAUGCAAUAUGGCGCGACACAUAAUGGCCGUUUGUGUGGUGUGCCUGCUCUUCGCCGAUCACCUGCACUGCCAACAGGAUCAUGUUGGCAAUAUCGAGCUGAUCCCAGCGAUUGGCUUCAAUGAGCAGCUGAAUGCGAGCGUCUAUCCAAGUCCCUCCAAUGAAACCACCGAACAAAGACAGCUAGGCGUUGGAACGCCCAAUUACAGCAUAAGUCCGCCAUAUAGAAGAAGUAAACGACAUGCAGGACAUGAGCACGGACAUGAGAGAUUGCCGUACAUCACGUUACACUUCCUGCAGGAAUUGCUACGAAAAGGUACGGAUAAUGCGACAACGGAGUCAAUGCGUCCGAAGAUGAAGACAACAGCAUUCCAGCAUUUACUGGAGCAGCUUAAUUUGUAUCGAUUGGUUGACGGAGGCGACAGCAAUGGCACGUGCGUGACGGAUAGUGAGUUGGUGCAUCAUGUGCAGAAAAACCAACAUAGUCAUCAUGAAAACUCUUUGGAGUUGUCCGGAAAUUGUACGGAAAAUGACUCAAACUCGAGUACAGCCUGCGCUUCCAUACAAAAGAAUGAGCAUCAUAAAGACUAUGAGCUCAGUGAAAAUGAUCUUCUGAACUUGUGCCCAGUACUUCUCUAUCAGUUGACAGCGCCGGAAGUUACAAGAAGCGCUGGUUGCAUAGAUCGCGUGUUGAUGCCAACAAUCGAAGAGUUCGAGGAGCAAGAUAAUAGACAAGUUAAAGUUUGGAUCUACGCCUUCACCUCGGUGUUUUUCUGCGGCAUUUUGGGUCUUGUGGGAGUGGCAAUCAUACCAUUUAUGGGCUCACGCUACUAUAAGCAUAUUAUACAGUAUCUAGUGUCCCUGGCCGUGGGCACCAUGACCGGCGAUGCGCUCCUGCAUUUGCUGCCGCAUUCACUGGCUGGACAAAAUGAGGAGGGGAUGAUCAUGAAAGGUCUGGCCUGCUUGGGUGGCGUUAUAUUCUUUUAUGUGACGGAACACGCGCUCACAAUGAUUUCAGAAUGGCGCAAGAGCGUCGAGAAGAAGGAGACGAAGAAACCGUCGAGAGCCAAGGUUAUGCGGGAUCCGGACUCCUCCGUUAAUAAUUCCGUCGCCGGCGAUAGGAUGUGCAAACAGAAGUACAGCUCCUACCCAUAUUGCUACGAUGAGAUUACCACUGACAACAAACAGGAUGUGUGGAUGCAUUUGCCUGGUAGCGAAACUGCGGCCCAAGCAAACGCCGCCGGUGCAGGCGUGGUCGCAGCAGGCGGAUCAGAUGGCAGCAAUUUGCGCAAUGGAAAGGCCGAGCAUGAUGGGUCCACUGAAUCGGCGGCGGCAGCACAAUCUCUGCUCUCGACAUCACACAACCACUAUGCCGAAAUGAAUCAUCAUAAUCACAAGCACAACAAUCAUCAGCAGCAGGAACAGACGCAAACACAGGCACUGGACAGCACCAACAAUACAAUAACUAACGAUCUCGAUGGAAAUGCAGUGUUUGCUGUGAAUAACAGCAUCAAGGAUAAGGAUCUUGAGCACGAUAAGAACGAUCAUGUAACAGUCAUAUUGCGGGAGCAUGAAUCUUCACAUCAUGGACACAGUCAUCGUCAUGGUCAUGUGCAUUCGCCUCCUGAAACGCUUAGCGCGGUGGCCUGGAUGAUUAUAAUGGGCGAUGGACUGCAUAAUUUCACCGAUGGCAUGGCCAUUGGUGCGGCCUUUGCCGAAAAUAUUGCUGGCGGUUUUUCAACUUCAAUGGCGGUAUUUUGCCAUGAAUUGCCGCACGAAUUGGGCGAUUUCGCGAUAUUAAUGAAAGCGGGCAUGUCUGUCAGAUCGGCCGUGUAUUAUAAUAUGUUAACUGGUGUGCUCAGUUUCAUUGGCAUGAUCUUUGGUAUCGUAUUUGGACAGUCACAGGAAGCGGCCAAAUGGAUGUUUGCCGUCGCUGCUGGUCUUUUUAUCUACAUAGCGCUGGUGGACAUGAUGCCUGAAAUCUCGGCUGCUCACAAAUCGUUGGCACAAUUUUUAUUACAAAUACUCGGCAUGUUGAGCGGCGUGUUGAUUAUGCUGCUUAUUGCCAUAUACGAGGGUGAUCUGAUGAGCGCGUUUGGCACAUCCUCCGCCGCCGGCGUCCAUCAUCAGCAUGUGCAUUAG